CCCGUGCAUGAAAAAUUGUUUACAUUUGGUGUUUAAAAAUAGAUUUUAGGUUUUGGUUCGGCUGAUACUUCACCUCCCCCUUCCCGGCAUCAACAACAAUUAUUAUUUAUAAUUAUAACUUCAUAUACGACGCCAAUAUUAUGCCAAUCGAUUAAUAAUAAUAAAGCACUGUUAUAAGUUUUAAGUUUAUAACCAUGUACUAAUUAUUAUCAUAAUGUUGUAUAAUAUGAUAAUAAUAUAUUUUAUUAUUAAUGCGUUAAAUUCUUAAAUUGGCUGUUAACUUGGUAGAUACACUAUACAGUUUCGUAUGUUCAGUGUUUUUUCUUGUUGUAUAUUUCUUUGGUGAUUUUCAAUAUCUGCCUGUAUGUUGAGUUUGAGUAUUGGUUGUUAGAAAUGGAAAGCAAAAGAAAGGGUGGUGCCGAGAAAAUGAGAGAAAAAAAAAAAACUCUUAAUAAAGUCAAGUGAGAGCUGUUUGAAAAUAAACCAAUGCUUUUCAUCAAAUACACAUAGUGACUCUGUUAUGAAAAAAAAUCUCUGUAAUCAACCACAAAUAAGCAUUCAAAAUAGUAAUGUGAGUAAUGAUGAAGUGAAUUUUGGUGCUAGUACUAGUAGUACAAGCUCUAAUUUAAUGGAUUUUGAAGAUAACCAACUAGUACAAAAUCAAGAUGUCAUUGUUGUUAAAGAUAUUAAUGUUGAUAUCUAUGAAAAAUCACAAAUUAGCUAUUUUAAAAAGCCCAACAAAAAUUAUCUUGGUCAAUUUUUUGAAUAUCAUCCACAACAACCAUUUUUGGAUAUUCCUUUUAAAUCAGCUAAAGCCUUUUACCGGAAAAAUAAAACUCAACGUGGUUGGCUUUCGUAUGAUAUAUUUUCCCAAAGUUUAUUUUGUAGUGUGUGUUUAUGUUUUUCUUCAGAAGAUAACGUGUUUACCCAAGGAUUGAAACUUUGGACACAUGUUUAUCAAAGAAUUGAUGAACAUGAAAAUAGCAAAAAUCAUACAAUAUGUACAGAUGCUUAUCUACACCAUGCAAAUAAUAAAAGUAUAGACUAUUUACUAUUUCCUGAACAAAAACAUAAAUUAAAAGAAGAAGCUAAAAAUAAUAGAAAAAUACUAGAAAGGGUUAUUGAGGUAGUAAAACUAAUUGGGAAGAGAGGUUUAAGUUAUCGAGCUGCUCAAUAUGAAUCAUCUUAUUUUUUAAACGAUCCAACACUUGACCAUGGUAACUUUUUAGAAAUUCUACUUCUUUUAAAAAAAUAUGAUGUGACAUUAAAUGAACAUAUUGAUAAAAUAACCAAAAGUGCUCAAGAAAAAGCUGCUCGACAUAAGUCUACAAAAGUAAAAGGAAGAGGUUCAUCUAUAACGUUCAUUUCAAAAACAACGGUUAAUUUGAUUAUUGAUGCUAUAAGUGUUCUUAUAAAAAGGUCAAUUUCUUCUCAAAUACAAGAAGCUGAAAUGUAUUCUGUGCAGCUGGAUACUACACAGGAUGUGUCUGUUCAAGAUCAGUGUUCUGUAAUAUUAAGAUAUGUGAAUCCAAAAGGAGUGAAUGAAAAACUAAUUUCUAUUGUAACAAUGAAAGAAUCGACAGGAAAAAGUUUUCAUGAAAUGCUGCAAGAUGUACUGAACAGCAAUGGACUGGAUGUAAAAAAACGCAUUGGAAAUGCCACAGAUGGAGCAGCCAAUAUGCAAGGGAGAUUUAAUGGCUUUUCAUCCUGGCUUUCAAAGUCUUCACCCGGUCAAAUUCAUGUAUGGUGUUAUAGUCAUAUUUUGAAUUUAGUUAUUAUUGAAGCAACAAAAUCACCACUUCAAGCUGCCUCUUUAUUUGUUUUAUUAAAUGAUGUUGCGGUUUUUUUUAAAGAAUCGUACAAGAGAAUGAAUGUAUGGAAAAAAACAAUUGGUGAGAAAGAUUUAAGAAGACUUGUGACUGUUGGAAAUACUCGUUGGUGGUCUAAAGAGAAAGCUUUACAUCAUAUUUUUGUAGAUCAGGGACAUUUGUUUGUAGAGAUGAUUUUAGCUUUAGACACUAUACAAACAUUAGAUUCUUUUACACCUGAAGUUCGUGUAAAAGCAAAAACUCUGAAAGGAUCAUUUUUAGAAUAUCAAACUAUAUUAACGGCAUUUGUUUAUGUGCAUAUUUUUGAAAUUGUUGGUCCUCUCUCCAGGUAUUUACAAACAAAAGGUAUAGAUUUAAUAAAGUCUCAAGAAUUGGUUGAUGGCUCUCUAGAGCAAUUGAAAAAAUUACAAAGAAAUAUGCAAAGUGUGAAAAAACGAACUGAUAAUUUUAUUGAACAAUUGAAUAGUAAAUUUGAUGAUUGUGACUUGGAUGUAUUCAUUGAAAUAAAGUUUCUUGAAGUAAGAAAUCGGUAUAAGAAAAAAAUGUACGAUGAAAAAUCUUCAGAUACACCUAUUCUAAAUGCUGAGAAAAAGUUUGAAGUUCAGGUUUACAAUGUUAUAUUAGAUAACACAAUUUCAAGUAUGGAAAAAAAGUUUUCCUCUAAUAAAAUGCUAUAUACAGAUCUAUCAUGUUUUUCGCCAAAUAAUUUUGGAGACAUAUCAAAUGAAAAAUUGCCUUCUAAUGCAUUAGUGGAGUUGUGUAAAGUGUUAAAAUAUUUUGAUAAUUGUAUAACAAUUGAAAAGUUAAGAAAUGAACUUAUAAGUUUUGCAGGCAAUUGGAAAUAUUUAAAAAAGUCUUUACCUGACGAAUAUAUAGUUAAUGAAGACAUACAAGAUACUGAUGAUGAUAACAAUGAUGAUGUUGACAGUAAUGAAGAAAAGAUUGCAAGUUCCAAAAUGUGUAAAUCAUGUAUGAAUUGUUCAGUUUGUUGCUACAAUGUUUUACUCAAGUAUAAUUUAUAUAGUAACGCAUACUCAAACCUUGCUUUAGCCUACAAAUAUCUUCUUACAUUACCAUGUACUCAGGUAGCAUGUGAAAGAUCAUUCUCAAUUCUGAAGUACAUUAAAUCACGACUGAGAAACACUUUAACGGAAUCAAAAUUGGAGGCAUUUAUGCUGAUGAGUAUAGAAAAACAUAUUUUACUCGAAAUUGAUAACGAUGACAUUAUUGAUAUUGUUAAAGAUCACAGUAAAUUAUUAAGAUCUAAACUAACCUAUUAAAAUGUUUAAUUAAA